UGGGCCGCGAUGGGUACCGCGAGAUCUUGCUCCGCACCAUGCACAACGCCGAGUACCUCCGCGAGCGCCUCGUCGCGACGGGGCACUUUGCGAUCGUCGACAAGGCGCACAUGCCGCUCGUGGCGUUCUGCCUCAACGAAGAGGAGGGCAGCAAGCCGUUUACGUGCUUUGACAUCCAGGACAAGCUCCGGUCGCGCGGCUGGAUCGUGCCCGCGUACACGUGCUCGAAGGGCGCCGAGUCGCUCGUCAUCAUGCGCGUCGUCGUCAAGCAGAACUUUACCAAGUCGAUGGCCGACAUGCUCGUCAAGGACAUUGUGAAAGCGAUCGAGUUUCUCGAGGCGCACUCGCAGCUCGUCGAGGUCGCCAAGCAGGUCGCGACGUCCGAAGACGACGAAGAAGCCCGGAUCAGCAUUGACGCGUUUGUCUUUGCGCUCGGCCACACCCUCGAGCACCGCAAGUCGGGCGUCCAGACCCAAGGCGUGUGCUAAGAAGCUCCUUCGGCCUUGGUGAAGAGUGUCGUGUUUUUGAACAAAUCAUACUAAAUGUCAACCACUCAUCGUGAAUUAAAGUGGG